AUGUGUAUAUGUCAUUGCAAUGCAGAUGGCACUGGCUAUGCUGACCAUGGAAGAGAAGUUUUCGACGAUGACUUUGAUCAAGAAGAUACCGAAAUGGAUUCAGCUAAUAAAUAUAGCGGAGAAGUUGUCACUGAACGACUCGCCUGGGUUGUGAAUAUUGAAAAAUAUAUGAUUACUGUAAUGAAACCAAUCCAAAGCAUGUUUCUAGCAAGUAGCAAGAAGACUCAGAAUAACAAGAACGUAAAGUUAGAAAACGAUGACCUGUUGGAUGAUAUUUUACAAGAAAUAGAGCUGCUUCCGGAUUCUUCUAUUAAACAAGAAAUUGAUUCUCAUACCGAAAAUUACAUUCCUGCUGUGAAGCACUGGCAAUAUAAUAUCAAAUUUGUUGCAGGUGAAAAAUAUAUCGACUUCUUUUGGUUUGAUGCUUACGAAGACCCAAGUCUUCAGAAAGGGAUUAUUUAUCUGUUUGGUAAAGUCAAAACUAAAGAAAAUGCAUAUGCUAGUUGCUGCCUAAUUGUGAAAAAUAUAGAACGCGAUAUUUACAUCUUACCAAGAAAAACCCGUUUAGACACGGACGGUUCAGACUCGGGAAUUGAAGUUACUAUGAAAGAUGUGUACGAGGAAUUUAGUGAAAUUUGUAAUAAGAACAAAAUAAUGACGUUCCGAAGCAGAGUAACUAAAAAGCGAUAUGCUUUUGAAUUGAAAGAUGUGCCUGUUGAAUCGGAAUAUUUGCACGUUAAAUAUAGUGCUGCUUUACCGCAAAUAAAAAGUGAUAUGCAAGGGCAGACAUUCAGUCAUGUAUUUGGAACCAACACGUCGAGUUUGGAGUCGUUUUUACUACAUAACAAAAUUAUGGGCCCCAACUGGCUUAGAAUCAGAAACCCACAAUUUCCAUCACAAAAAGUUAGCUACUGCAGAUCUGAGACUAUCCUAAGUUUCAGUAUGAAAACGAUCAUUAACCCUAAGACUCAUGAAAAUGAGAUUGUAGCGAUCGCUGCUGUAACACACCAAUCAUUUUACUUUGAUAAACCACCCCCAAAAUCUUUAUUCGAGGGUCACUUCGUAGUUAUUAGAAAUCUCGUCGAUCAUAACAUCCCGAUGGGUUUUCGCGAUUUUAUGAAACAAAAGAAUAUAAAUCUUGAAAUCUCAUCCACGGAAAGAGCAUUAUUAAGUUUUUGGCUCGCUAAAGUACAACAAAUCGACCCUGAUAUCAUCGUGGGACAUAAUAUAUGUGGAUUUGAUAUCGAUGUUAUCCUUCAUAGAAUGAAUACGUGUAAAGUGUCGUUAUGGUCGCGAAUUGGAAGAAUUAAAAGACAUGCCAUGCCUAAAUUAUCUUCUACCGUCGGUGGUUUCGGAUUUGCAGACCGUUCCGCUUGUUGUGGUCGAUUAAUUUGUGAUGCCAAAACAUCCGCUAAGGAAUUAAUUCGAGUUAAAAGUUAUGAUCUUACAGAACUCACAUCAUACGUUCUGAAAGCGAAAAGAUUCGAUAUUAACCAAGAUGAGAUUGCAGAUAAAUUUAACUCUAUGGAUGCAACCUUUGCCUUGCGGAUUGUGUAUGAGUUGAACGCGUUACCCUUAGCCUUACAAAUUACCAACAUUGUUGGAAAUGUACUAUCACGAACUCUCCUUGGUGGAAGAUCGGAGAGAAAUGAAUUUUUACUCCUGCACGCAUUUUCUGAAAAAGAUUUCGUUUGUCCUGAUAAAAGUUUUAAAAAGAAGCAACAGUUUAAUGAAGAAUUUGAAGACCACGAUGAUGCGGCAAAAUCUAAUAAUAGGCGUAAAAAGCCGGCGUAUUCCGGUGGUUUAGUUCUUGAACCAAAAAAAGGCUUCUAUGACAAAUAUAUUUUGCUGCUGGAUUUUAACAGUCUGUAUCCGACGAUCAUUCAAGAAUUUAACAUAUGCCUCACUACAGUUGAUCGUCAUCAUCUUGCAGCGGAUGAGAACAAUGAUAACGAGUUGGAAUGUGAAUAUCCUAGUCCAGACUUAGAGCCUGGUGUUCUUCCGCUAAUCCUGAAAGGACUUGUAGAGCGACGAAGAGAGUACGGCCACCUGUACUUAAGACUAAUAUUCCUCAUUCAUCGUCUUGUAUUGCAGUAUGACAUUCGCCAAAAAGCUCUGAAAUUAACGGCAAACAGCUUGUAUGGCUGUUUAGGAUUUUCGAAUUCGAGAUUUUAUGCAAAACCUUUAGCCGCUUUGGUAACAAGUAAAGGAAGAGAGAUUUUAACUAAAGCUAAAGAAUUGGUGGAAAAUCAAAUGUUAUUGGAAGUUAUUUAUGGUGAUACCGAUUCAAUCAUGAUAAAUACCAAUUCAACUAACUUAGACGAAGCUUAUAACCUUGGUCAUAAAGUGAAAGCAGAAAUUAACAAAUCCCAUAGACUUUUAGAAAUAGACAUUGACGGUGUCUUCAAAUCUAUGCUUUUGCUAAAGAAAAAGAAGUACGCAGCUCUUGCAAUCCAAAAGAAUGAAGACGGAACUCUUUCCGAAGUUAAGGAACUGAAAGGCUUAGACAUAGUCAGAAGAGAUUGGUGUCAAUUAGCAAAGGACGUUGGAAACUACGCCCUAUCACAAAUUUUAUCUUCGGAUUCUCGUGAGAAUAUUGUCGAUAAAAUUCAUUCCUAUCUCACUGAAGUUGGAGACGACGUCCGUUCCGGUCGCAUCGACAUAGAUAAAUACGUUAUUUUAAAAACUUUGUCGAAGUCGCCUAACGAUUACCCUGAUAAAAAGAGCUUACCUCAUAUUCAUGUGGCGUUAUGGAUGCAAACUGAAAAUCGUAGAGUGCAAAUUGGUGAUGCUGUUCCUUAUGUAAUUUGUGAUGAUGGAUCGCAGUUAAAUGUCGCCCAACGAGCCUUCCAUCCUGACCAAUUUCGCAGAUCUGAUUCCCUUAAGAUUGAUUUUAAGUAUUAUCUGGCAUAUCAAAUACACCCCGUUGUUUCACGCCUAUGUGAUCCUAUAGAGGGUACAGAUUCCGCUCGGAUAGCUGACUGCUUAGGUUUGGAUGGCUCACAAUACAAACAUAAGAGCUAUUCAGCAGAACAAAAUGAAUCUGAUGCCAUGCUUGGUGAUAUGCAUAUGAGCUUGGAAGAACAGUUUAAGAACGUGGAACCUCUAAAAAUUAGUUGUCCGAAAUGUAAGGUAACAGAAGAUUUUGCCGGUGCAUAUAAUAAGACUACGAAGCAAUCGGGACUAGUAUGUCCUCAUUGCAACAGCAACUAUAAUGUUGUUACGAUACAGAAUAAAGUUGUCUCAGAAAUCCGAAAAUUUAUUAAAACAUAUUACCAGAAUUGGAUGCAAUGUGAUGAUCCAUCUUGUGAUUAUAAAAUGCGGCAAGCUCCGUAUUUUAUCUCUGGUCGUACUAUUCGUUGUCCUGCAUGCGAAAGGGGACAUCUAACUCUAACGUACUCUGAAAAAUCUUUGUACAAUCAAAUUCUCUACUAUCAACAUUUAUUCGAUAUCGAUCAGAUUGAAAAGGGGAUCCGUAUAGAUCAAAAUAUUAAAGCCGAUUUUAAGAAUUUGUAUGGCACCGUCAACAAGAUCAUAUCGCGCAAUGGCUAUUCAGAAAUUAAUCUCAGCAAGUUAUUCCAACGAUUAUUUACUGGUCCAGCUAAGCGUUAA